AUGGACUCCGAUUCUGUCAAGAGGUCCGUUAUGCAGCAGGUCCUCCAGGAGGCAAACAUGGCCAACGCUCGUGUUCUCAUCGAGAAACUCCAGGAGAAUUGCUUCGAGAAGUGUGUUCCCAAGCCCGGCAGCUCUCUGUCCAGCGGCGAGACCACCUGCAUGACCUCGUGCAUGGAAAAGUACAUGUCGGCAUGGAACCAGGUCAACCUGGCAUACAUCAACAGGAUAAAACAGGAGUCUGUGAAGGGCAACAACUCGCUGUAA